GCAAGGCGGAAGGAAUGAUCAGUGAACGUCUUCUGGUGGCUGUCGCGAGGCCUAUAAAGACGCGAAGUCACACGGAACGAGACACUCGGGGCCUCAACUGACCGAAAGACGCAGAAACACAAUCAAGUCAACACUUUUAUAUUCCUGAGAAUUGUUUUUUUUAGGGGAAAAAAAUGCUCUUGCUAAUCCUGCUCCAACUCCUGAUCAUCGCUGCCCUCACCACGCCCAGUGCUGUGACUGGCAACGCAGCAACUGGAAAUGCUGCAACCACAGCUAACAAUGCAGCAACUGGCAAUGGAGCAACUGGCAACGCCGCAACCUCAGCUGGCAAUGCUGCAACUGGCAACGCCGCAGCAACUGGCAACGCCGCAACCACAGCUGGAAACGCAGCGACUGGCAACGCCGCAGCGACUGGCAACGCCGCAACCACAGCAGGCGAUGCUGCGACUGGCAACGCAGCAACUGGAAACGCUGCAACCACAGCUAACAAUGCAGCGACUGGCAAUGGAGCAACUGGCAACGCCGCAACCACAGCUGGCAACGCAGCGACUGGCAACGCCGCAACCACAGCAGGCAAUGCUGCGACUGGCAACGCAGCAACUGGAAACGCUGCAACCACAGCUAACAAUGCAGCUACUGGCAAUGGAGCAACUGGCAACGCCGCAACCACAGCUGGCAACGCAGCGACUGGCAACGCUGCAACCACAGCAGGCAAUGCUGCGACUGGCAACGCAGCAACUGGCAAAGGCGCAACCUCAGCUGGCAAUGCUGCAACUGGCAACGCCGCAGCAACUGGCAACGCCGCAACCACAGCUGGAAACGCAGCGACUGGCAACGCCGCAGCGACUGGCAACGCCGCAACCACAGCAGGCGAUGCUGCGACUGGCAACGCAGCAACUGGAAACGCUGCGACCACAGCUAACAAUGCAGCGACUGGCAAUGGAGCAACUGGCAACGCCGCAACCACAGCUGGCAACGCAGCGACUGGCAAUGGAGCAACUGGCAACGCCGCAACCACAGCUGGCAUCGCAGCGACUGGCAACGCCGCAACCACAGCAGGCAAUGCUGCGACUGGCAACGCAGCAACUGGAAACGCUGCAACCACAGCUAACAAUGCAGCUACUGGCAAUGGAGCAACUGGCAACGCCGCAACCACAGCUGGCAACGCAGCGACUGGCAACGCUGCAACCACAGCAGGCAAUGCUGCGACUGGCAACGCAGCAACUGGCAACGGCGCAACCUCAGCUGGCAAUGCUGCAACUGGCAACGCCGCAGCAACUGGCAACGCCGCAACCACAGCUGGAAACGCAGCGACUGGCAACGCCGCAGCGACUGGCAACGCCGCAACCACAGCAGGCGAUGCUGCGACUGGCAACGCAGCAACUGGAAACGCUGCAACCACAGCUAACAAUGCAGCGACUGGCAAUGGAGCAACUGGCAACGCCGCAACCACAGCUGGCAACGCAGCGACUGGCAAUGGAGCAACUGGCAACGCCGCAACCACAGCUGGCAUCGCAGCGACUGGCAACGCCGCAACCACAGCAGGCAAUGCUGCGACUGGCAACGCAGCAACUGGAAACGCUGCAACCACAGCUAACAAUGCAGCUACUGGCAAUGGAGCAACUGGCAACGCCGCAACCACAGCUGGCAACGCAGCGACUGGCAACGCCGCAACCACAGCAGGCAAUGCUGCGACUGGCAACGCAGCAACUGGCAACGCCGCAACCUCAGCUAACAAUGCAGCUACUGGCAAUGGAGCAACUGGCAACGCCGCAACCACAGCUGGCAACGCUGCAACUGUUAGCGCCAUUACUGCAAACACUGCCAUCACAGGUGGCACGACCGGCAACACUGGAGCAACGAUGACAGCCACCCACGUGGGCACCAUCCUCACAUGUCACCUCGCCAUGGCACUCCUUAAACUCUACACAAUAUAAAUCCGCUGUUAGUUGAAUGUAAAAUGUCCCGAAACAGGUGUUGACAGGUUGAAACAAAGAUCUGGAUGAUACUGUGUGCGUUAAGUUGUUAUUUAAAAGGCAAAUUAUUUUGGCGCUCUAUUAUUUAACAUGUCAAUAAAGCUAAUGUGUGUGCAAGUAUUUUUAUUUAUUUUGUUUCUGCUGCCAUUCGUAACUGGAUGUGUGAUCAUGAGAGUAUGGAAAGGCAAAUGUUGUACAGUUGAUGUAAUUUAUUUAAUUGGCAUUCAUCAAGCAACAUGAAUAAUAAACUUAUUAAAGUGUG